CGGCGGCGGGGGAAGAUGCUGCAGUCUCUGGCCGGCAGCUCGUGCGUGCGCCUGGUGGAGCGGCACCGCUCGGCCUGGUGCUUCGGCUUCCUGGUGCUCGGCUACCUGCUCUACCUGGUCUUCGGCGCCGUGGUCUUCUCCUCGGUGGAGCUGCCCUACGAGGACCUGCUGCGCCAGGAGCUGCGCAAGCUGAAGCGGCGCUUCCUGGAGGAGCACGAGUGCCUGUCGGAGCAGCAGCUCGAGCAGUUCCUGGGCCGGGUGCUGGAGGCCAGCAACUACGGCGUGUCGGUGCUCAGCAACGCCUCGGGCAACUGGAACUGGGACUUCACCUCCGCGCUCUUCUUCGCCAGCACCGUGCUCUCCACCACCGGUUAUGGCCACACAGUGCCCCUGUCAGACGGGGGUAAGGCCUUCUGCAUCAUCUACUCGGUCAUCGGCAUUCCUUUCACCCUCCUCUUCCUGACGGCAGUGGUCCAGCGUGUCACCAUCCACGUCACCCGAAGGCCUGUCCUCUACUUCCACGUCCGCUGGGGCUUCUCCAAGCAGAUGGUUGCCAUCGUUCACGCCGUUCUCCUUGGGUUUAUCACCGUUUCCUGCUUCUUCUUCAUCCCAGCAGCCGUGUUCUCCGUUCUGGAGGAUGACUGGAACUUUCUUGAAUCCUUUUAUUUUUGUUUUAUUUCCCUGAGCACCAUUGGCCUAGGGGAUUAUGUUCCUGGAGAAGGCUACAAUCAGAAAUUCAGAGAGCUCUAUAAGAUUGGGAUCACGUGUUACCUGCUGCUUGGUCUUAUUGCCAUGUUGGUAGUUCUGGAAACCUUCUGUGAACUCCACGAGCUGAAAAAAUUCAGAAAAAUGUUCUAUGUGAAGAAGGACAAGGAUGAGGAUCAAGUGCACAUCAUCGAGCAUGACCAGCUGUCCUUCUCCUCCAUCACAGACCAAGCAGCCAGCAUGAAAGAGGACCAGAAGCAGAAUGAGCCUUUUGUGGCCACUCAGGCAUCUGCCUACUCCGAUGGCUCUGUAGACCAUUAAGCUUAGGGCUUUGCUGCAUUGUCUUAGAGCACCAGGGUCGGGGCAGUGACAAAGAGGCUCCAUUUUGUUCAUUUUUACAAGAUUGUAAAAGCCAAGAUGCUAUUUUAACAAAUACUUACUUUUUGCAAUAUUUAAAAGAAAAACAGAACAAACAAAAAAAUGGAACAAAGGAAGCUUUUACUGUGGAGAACUGUUUAAUAUCUGAGGAAAUGGGACAUGUACCUGUAAUUCGUAUGCAACAAAAUUGUCUAGACUUGACUAAUAGGUGAAGAAUACUUGAAGCAGUGUGCUGCUGUGGAUAGAAGCAGAUUUUAUACUUUUAAUUGGGAACUUUGGGAUUUGCAUUUCAAUUUAGCUGAUGACUAACUAGCAACAUUUAUAUUUAAAAGCAAAAAAAAAAAAGCAUAGAGAUGUGUUUUAUAAAUAAGUUUAUGUGUACUGGUUUGCAUGUGCCCAUCCAAAAUCAUUAUUUUUGUAGAGUCUAAGUUAAACCUACUAUUUAUAAUUAAUAGGUAACCAUUGACUGUGUACAGAUAAAGUAUAAAUAUGUUUAUAUCUUGUACAUAUAGUUUAGGUCACCAGAUCCCAGUAUACUUCUUAACCCAAGAUUGUAGAUAUUUUUUCUUCUGAUUUCUCUUUAUACUAAAGAAUCAAGAGUUGCUGCAAUAAAAUAAGAGGAAUAGUACGCUUACGAGUAAAUUACUAUAGUAUUCUGUUACAGUAAAUGUUUCUACCCUCUUGUAAUAGUAUGAUUGCAGAUGUCUAAAAUGUUUGUAAGCAUUUCUCUGGAGGUAAACAAGUAAUGAAAAAUAUGAUUUGUAAAAAAAAGGUUAAGAUAUUUUGUUUUGAAAGUUCAUUGUGAUCUGUAGUCACCUAGUAACUAAAGCACACAAUGUGAAUUUAGAUGCCCCAAAUGAACAGAUUCUGUCAAAUUAAUCUGAGAAUUUUUUAAUUUAUAAGCUGAAAUAAAUAAAAAUCAUAGCUGGUUGCAAUCUUA